AUGGCGGAUUGGGGGCCGGUAGUGAUGGCGUUGGUUCUGUUUAUUCUGUUGACACCCGGACUGCUGUUUCAGCUACCUGGAAAGAACAGAGUGGUGGAAUUCGGAAACCUGCAGACUAGCGGAAUGUCGAUACUAGUCCACACAGUCAUCUAUUUCUGCCUCAUUACAAUUUUCCUAAUCGCCGUUGGUGUCCAUAUUUACACCAACUAAUUCUGGCUCCUCUGCUGAGAAUUUCAUGUUCUGCCAGCCCCUAUGUUGAUUUUGUUUUGAUUGGUUUUAUUGGUCUGUUAUCCAUUGUUUUAGAGGAGUUUGAUGACACUCCUAUAUCAUGUAAUGUAAAACUUCCGAUUUGAUAAUAUGAACUUUUCUCUUCUA